UCCCGCUUUUGAAAAAAAAUAUUAAAAAAUUCCACAAAAUUCGUAUGAAUCUCUCUCUCUCUCUGGUUUAUCCACUCUGGUCUGUCUCUGAGACUAGAGUGAGCGGCGGAAGCUGAACGUCGUGUUCCGACAUUUGAGGCUUGCUUCCUGGCUGUGAAAUGGUAUUAAGAGCUUUUUCCUAAAAGAAAUGGCCAUCGGCGGUUUAAUUUCGAACCGGAAUUUCGAGGCUCCAAUGUUGGCAGGAAAAUUUUGUCAAAGUGAACAUGUAAUUUCACGUCAGAGAGGAGGGCGUACAGGUGUUGCUCUUGCUAUACCCCAACAUGGACAUGUGAAUAUGUUCUACCAACACUUGGGCAGUCUGCGUAAAAAGAUUUCUGUAUCUAGAUGCUUGUAUGGAUCAUUUCUUCAUGCUCAGGCUCCCUCAGACAGGAAAAUUCCAAAGUCAGGAACAUUGCAUGAUGAAGGGAAGCAUGCUUGUUCAUUUCCCUUACCAACAAUUUGUGGCCUCGAAGUUAGGCAAAGAAUCUGUGGACAGUGUCGAUGCUAUCUUUCUUCAGAUUCAGCUUGGAGCAGUCCCACUCAACCAAGAGAGCGGAAUACAUUUAGUGGAGAUUCUGAGCAUGUUAAGAGAUCAAAAGGGACCUGUGCCUAUUUCAAGUCCGAGGAGAACGAAAUAACAGAUGCAAGUGAAGCUGUUUUAGCAGAAGGAAAUGUGCAGAAAGUAUCUCCUUGGUGGGAGCAGUUUCCCAAGCGUUGGGUGAUUGUACUGCUUUGUUUUACCGCAUUUCUAUUGUGCAACAUGGACCGUGUUAACAUGAGCAUUGCUAUACUUCCAAUGUCGAAGGAGUUUAAUUGGAACAGUGCAACAGUCGGAUUAAUUCAGUCCUCCUUUUUCUGGGGCUACCUACUUACACAGAUUGUUGGAGGCAUAUGGGCAGAUAAAAUUGGUGGGAAGCUAGUAUUGGCUUUUGGAGUGGUCUGGUGGUCUGUAGCAACAAUUUUGACACCUAUUGCAGCAAAAAUGGGGCUUCCAUUUUUGCUUAUCAUGCGUGCUUUUAUGGGAAUUGGCGAGGGUGUUGCUAUGCCUGCAAUGAAUAAUAUGCUUUCUAAGUGGAUUCCGGUUUCAGAGAGAAGCAGAGCACUUGCACUAGUAUACAGCGGCAUGUAUCUUGGUUCUGUCACAGGGUUAGCCGUCUCUCCUGUUCUUAUCCACAACUUUGGGUGGCCAUCAGUGUUUUACUCAUUUGGCUCUCUUGGAAGUAUCUGGUUUGCAUUAUGGAUAAGUAAAGCAUAUAGCUCACCCAAAGACGACCCAGAACUUAGUGUAGAGGAAAAAAGGCUUAUCUUGGGUGGCAGCGUAUCGAAGGAACCUGUUUCAGUCAUUCCUUGGAAACUGAUUUUAUCAAAAGCACCCGUGUGGGCUCUUAUAAUCUCCCAUUUCUGCCAUAAUUGGGGAACAUUUAUUUUAUUGACAUGGAUGCCUACUUACUACAACCAGGUUUUGAAUUUCAACCUUACCGAGUCUGGGCUAUUGUGUGUCUUGCCAUGGUUGACUAUGGCUGCUUUUGCUAAUAUAGGAGGAUGGAUUGCAGACACACUUGUGAGCAGAGGUCUUUCCAUAACAGCAGUUCGUAAGAUCAUGCAAUCAAUUGGGUUUUUGGGCCCAGCCUUCUUUCUUACGCAGCUGAGCCAUGUUAGGACACCUGCGAUGGCUGUGCUAUGCAUGGCGUGCAGUCAGGGAUCUGAUGCAUUUUCACAAUCUGGUCUCUAUUCCAAUCACCAAGACAUUGGACCUCGUUAUUCUGGAGUAUUGUUGGGACUGUCGAACACGGCUGGAGUGCUUGCUGGUGUCUUUGGUACAGCUGCAACCGGCUACAUACUCCAACGAGGUUCUUGGGAUGAUGUAUUCAAGGUGGCUGUUGCAUUGUACAUACUAGGCACAUUGGUCUGGAACCUCUUUUCAACUGGAGAAAGAAUUCUUGAAUAAAAAAAUUCAAGAAUAGCAGGAAAAUUAAGUUGCAAGUAACUAUGGAGAUUGGCACCUGAAGAGUCGGAAGAAAGAUACAAUACCAAGCAUGAGCAACACCUGCAAGGGCAAAACCCUGCUGCAGUGACAAUCGAGGCUUAAGAUGCUGCCGUAGAAGAUUUUAUACCAAAGUUUUGAGGCUUUUAUUUGCUCUGACAACUUCUGGUUCGACCUUAAACACCUUUUUCACAGAUUAAUACCACUUUCUCUCAUAUUUAGAUUGUGUUAAAGCAGAAAACUUAUGGGUAAUUUGCACCCAUAAACCCAAAGUAAAUUUCAUUGAAGGGAUCAACCUUAUAACAAA